AUGGCCAACUCUAUCCGCAUCGACAAAAGCGAUGGUGGCUACACUGAUGUCAGAGUGUCCAUUCACAAGUCAGUGCCGUACAAUGAAACAAUCAUCAAAAACAUUAAGUUUCUCCACCGAGCCACUCACGGCAGGUUGCACAUAAAGGAAGUCAUUAUCGAGAUACCGUCGACGUGGCCGCGGCGGCCUUAUGCCACCGUUCGAGAAGGCAGCGGCUUCGAGCGCAGCGAUGUGAGGGUCUACGCGUCAAGUGACCCGCACGCUGAAUCGAGGCCUUACACCCUCCAACCAAGAGCAUGCGGAGUGCCCGGCGACUACAUACGCCUGCCGUCAAAAUUUCUUGAAGAACUGAACGACCGCACCACCCAAGAAUACGGAAAUACAAGCUAUGUCUUCGUUCAUGAGUGGGCGCACCUUCGGUACGGCGUUUUCGACGAAUAUGGCUUUCCUGGAAAUGAAAAAUACCCUGCUCUCUACUGUGACAGUGAAGGCAAGGUAAGAUGCUUACAUUCUUUUUUUUUUUUAGCGGGGUUGCCAGAUGCUGACCCGGGAAAGUUCAUUCACGUUGAUUUUCAGGAAGUCCAACGAUCUAACGACAUGGUUCCCAGCGUGGUCUAUGUUCUCGAUGUUUCAACGAGUAUGGGUGGUUCCAGACUGGACUUUGUGAAAGAAGUGGCGGCCCGUCGAGUGGACGAUCUAAACGCCGGCUCCAUGAAUUUGGCAAUUGUGGUGUUUUCCACAGCUGCUACAACCGAGCAGGAAAUGAGUCUCGUAAACAACGUCACAAAAAUUGACACUCUUCGUAUUAUCAACGGACUUUAUGCUAGUGGAUCCACAUGCAUUGGAUGUGGACUACUUGAAGCUCUGAAUGUUUUAAAAAAGGCUAACAUGUCAUCGAAAGGAGCCACAGUGAUGCUUAUGUCAGACGGGGAGGAAAACCAAUACCCACGCAUCGAGGACGUCCUGGGAAACAUGACAUCCACCGGAGUCGUCGUCAACACAAUCGCUGUCGGUGCCGACGCUGACCGGGGCCUGGAGAAAUUGGCGCUCGACAGCGGAGGAACCGCUUUCUCGUUCAAACAGCCGGACGGAACAUUCUAUCCGGAGUUGGACGCAACAUUUUCACUAUCCACAACGGCCCAGUUGGAUGAGGCAGAGAGGCCGGUGAUGCCAGGCAACUGGACGCUGGUCCUAUCGAGUCCCAGUGGCGAAGUUGUGAGCGCUAGCAUCCGCGUGGAGUCGUGGAUGAGAGACAGCAGCGUGGAACCAGUGCGCCUAACGUGCAGGGUACAACAUUUGGUGCGGAGCCCCAAGCAGGCCACGAUAUACGCGCACGUCACCAAGGGCGUCGCUAUCGUGCUCAACGCAAACGUCGAGGCGGAAGUACUGACGCCCACCAAGACACACGCUGUGCCAGUGCAGUUGCAUGAUGAUGGCUUAGGUGCAGACAACUUGGCAGACGAUGGCAUAUACAGCGGUACCUUCGUUAAUUUCGACGGCCCAGGAAGGUACUCGGUUACUGCUCGUGCAAGCAGUUCCAAACGAACGCACUUGGAGUACAUUGACCGGAACCCUUCCAGUCUCCCGUUCUCAUGUGCCAAAGGAUAUCAACUUGCGUCAGCGGAAUCCACGUCGUCGAAUCCACCGCGCAGUGCUCGGUCGCGUCGGUCUGCCCCAUUAUUACUAGUGCAAAGGUUUGCGGUCGGAGGCAGCUUUCAAGUGACUACUGAACUGAACGAAAUGAGCGUGCCGCCAGGGAACAUACGCGAUCUUCGUGUAAUUGGCAGUUCAGGUUCGUGCAACGGAACGCUCAGUGUUCGUCUCUCAUGGACGUGGCCUGGCGGCCAUCUAGACACAGGCACAGUCGAAUUCGUCCAGCUGCGUGCGAGUACCGACUACACAAGCUUGUUAAAUGCAUUCGAAGACCAAGACCUCUUAACCGAAGCAAAUGUGCUUCACGGUGAUUUAUCACCAAGACCGUCGAGAACAUCACAUAGAGUUGAAGUGGCGCUGCCGGCCUCAAUUUUUAAGAUAUACGAAGGAAAAGACGAGAUGGGGAAAGUGUACCUUUCAGCAGUCGUAUUUAACAAAUUUGGGCUCGUGUCCGAUAUGUCCAAUGUCGUUGUCGUUUCCUCCGCUCGGAACAGGCAGGAACAUUCCUCAUGGAAGGAAUCGCCCGUUCUUGUAAACACGAUAUUAGUUGGUUUUGCAAUAGCAGGUUUCGCAACAGCGCUAGUUUCGCUUUGCGCACUCGCGAUCUGGCGCAAGAUAAAACGGCGCAGCAGCAUUCCGAUUUCUGAACCCAAAAAGGAGUAACGAUGGCCAUGAAUGUUGAGACGCAAUUAUUUUUGCUUUAUUAUUGGAUUCAAGAGUGCAAUGUGCAUUGUAGCUACGCGUGUUAACAUUCUGAAUUAAAGCUUACCAUGACUGUGACGUAAAUUACUGACCGUAGAUUUCCUUAAUCUUCCUCGAGGAAGCAGUUGCAUUUGUCUCAUGAACAGGUUGGCAAACAGCUUGGUUGUGAAGGGCAUUUAUAUUCACGUUUCUACUUGUACAAUACUAUCAAUAAACCUUUUUGAUAAGCCGUG